AUGGGAAUGCUCGUUGGAGAAGAGAUAGGGAGCAUGGAGGGGAGAGGGAUGGAGUUUGCUCACGAAGACAAAACAAUGGAGAUCAACCCCGCCCAAGCUGAUGAACAAGUUGAGAUUCUGAGCGAGGCGGUGUGCUCUUGGUGCCAUCGAUAUUCCAUGCACCUCUUUCAGGAGCGAAGGCUGCUGCGAAAGAAUUCCUUCAGAUGCUUCAGUUGUGGAAAGACCUGCUGCCCCUGCGACAAUGUCGAACAGUGCGGUGGAUAUGCAAAAUGUCUUCCAUAUUGGGACGACGCUCUUUGCGUCAGAUGUGGGUUGAAUCAACCAACAAUACAAAAUCAAUUCCUAGAUCAUAUAUUUCGGGGAAUGCGCGAAAAGCAUCAUUCCAUCGAUGGUUCUUCAAAGGAAGAACUGAAGAACUCUAAGGCUCGGGACGAUAUUGUUGAUGCUAUUGUACAGAAUACCUCAACUGCCAUGGAUGCCAUUAGACAAUCCUCGGAACAAUUGUCCGGGCACUUAGUUAAUAUUUUCAAGAAUGAGCCGGAGUUUGACUUGACGAGUUUACCAGAAGAAGGGAGCCCGACAAGGCCUGUUGAGGCAUCGAACGGUUCGCUUCUGACUGCUAGCCUAAGUGAAUCAAAAUGCUCCUCGAGUAUGCAUCUUAGCCAUGAACAAUACGAAUCCGCUGCACCACAAACGUGGGAGACGGUACGGGACAACUUGUUAGGAAUGGACAUGUUGCCUCAUCGUCUGCAUGUGAGGGCAAGUGAAGAGAUGAUUCGUCGGAAAGCCUUCGUCCUGCGAUGGCUGCGUAGCAGCAAGCCUCCGAUGGACGUUCAGCAGACAACCGAGCGCUUGUUGAAGCACCUCCGGUGGAGAUACGAUGAAGGUAUCAACGAUAUCCAAAACGAAGACUGGGAGGAUUUUGAUGCAGACAGAGACUUGUACGUCAGCGGGCUGGACAGGUGCAACCGACCCAGCUGUACUUGGCACAUUGCCAAGGCUAAGGGUCGGAAACCGGAGAGGGUUGCAAGAUAUCUCAUCUGUAUGAUCGAGAGAGCAAGGGCUGUCAAUCCCGACGCUGAUGGGAUCAACUUUCUCUUCGAUUGCACUGGGACAAGCCUUUCGACGUUUGAGAACCUCUGUUUCUUGGAAUUCGUGGGAACACUGCAACAAAACUAUCCUGAGAACUUGAUUCGCUGUUUUGUUUUCCCUGUGAACUGGGUGACGAAGCAGUUGUUUGAAUUCGGGAAGCCGUUGCUGAGCGAGGAGACCAAGUCGAAAUUGAUUUUCCUGCGCAACCAUGAGAUCGAGAAGGAGCUCCCAAGAUUCUUUGAGGUGAACGAGAUAGAAACCAGAUAUGGGGGCACUCUCCAGAUUGAAACCGAUGCACUUAUGAAUCGAAGGGUAUCUCCGGUCGAAGUCCCUCCUACAGCUGGCGGUGUGCAGAAGGCUCCCGCAUUGACAGUCUGUACGAACAGAAUUGAAGAACCAUACCAAUCCAUGUACGAGCAUCCAGAGGGUAAGGCGGCAGAAAGCACGCGACGGUGGAGUGGUAUCCGUAGGGCGAAGAUAGAAUCCAUCCUGUUGUCGACUCUUGGAGCCGGGACGUGGUCCAUCCGGAUUCUUUGCUGCCUGAAAACAGCAUGGCGAGUUCUCCAUCGCAUGGCUCGAAGACUCUUGCUGGCUGAAAAGAAGGAUCUUUAA